AUGGUAAUGUUAGCUGAAAUCGACGAGAACAAUUUAAAAUUAAAAUCAAUUGAAUUGCAACAACAAUCCAACGAACAAUUGAAAAUUGUCAGUGCAACAGCAAUGAGCAAAAAAAAAACAACAACAACAAAAACAACAGUUCACUCAAAGUUGAACACAUUAGCAUUGAUGAAGAAGUUGUCAGAAAAAUGCCAAAUACUUGAUGAUGAGGGUUCAACGACCAUAGAUCUGACGAAUACUAAUUUUGGACCAUAUGGUUGA